GAGAGAGAGAGAGAGAGUUUGAGGGUUUGGGGGGGUUUUUGCUUUUGGCAGGGAAAAGGUUUUCUUUGAGGAAUUCGGAAUUCGGAAUCUGCGAAAUUGGAUUCCUAUCCUAACGACUUCUCGUCCUCUUUCACCAUUCUCAUAUCACAUCCAACCAAAAAAGUAUAAAGAAAAAAAGAACAAGAUUUUCCCUCACUGGGAAUUCGAUUCACACAAUGAUCCCAAUGAACUCACUCCAAAACCACAACGAUCAUCCCAUUCUUUAACCAAUCCCAUGCACUAACGGCGUCGUUCUCUCUCGCCCCACCUGGUGGCUGGUGCUCAAUAAACCUGAAACUCUCUCUCUGUCGCUUUCAUUUCUUCUUUUGCUUUCUUUCUGGGCCUCUCUGAAUUCUUGAUUCGCGUGUUUUGUUGUGUUGUAUUGCAUUUGGAUUGUGUUGUGUCAUAGUUUUAGUGUAAAAGUUUAUUCUUUUCAUUCAUGGGUGAUCUUCAAGUCUGUUCGACGCCGAGGUCCAACGGGGUCGUCUUGGGGGAAUAUCGCCUCUGCGGCGCUUCCCCGCCAUUGCCGGCCCUGAACCCUGACCCAGGGUCCAUUGGGGCCGAGUCUUGGGCUGCAGCGGAGCGAACCACCCAUGAGGUUGUGUGUAGGAUUCACCCCACUUUGGCCACCGACUACAAGAGGAGGGAGGUCAUUGAAUAUGUUCAGGGACUCAUUACGUCGCGCGUUAGAUGUGAGGUGUUCCCAUAUGGAUCAGUUCCACUAAAAACAUUCCUUCCUGAUGGGGAUAUUGAUUUGACUGCCAUUAGCUGUCCAAACAUCGAGGAUUCCUUGGUAUCUGAUGUUCAUGCCGUUCUGAGGGGAGAAGAACAUAAUGAAGCUGCUCCAUAUGAAGUCAAAGAUGUGCAUUGCAUUGAUGCUGAGGUUAGGAUUUUGAAAUGUAUUGUACAGAAUAUCGUGGUAGAUAUAUCCUUCAAUCAGUUAGGAGGACUUUGUACACUUUGUUUUCUUGAACAGGUUGAUCGCCUCGUUGGUAAAGAUCAUCUCUUUAAACGCAGCAUUAUUCUGAUAAAAGCUUGGUGCUAUUAUGAAAGUCGUAUUCUUGGUGCCCAUCAUGGUUUGAUUUCAACAUAUGCUUUGGAGACAUUGGUCCUUUAUAUUUUCCAUCUAUUUCAUUCUUCUUUAAAUGGACCUUUAGCAGUUCUCUACAAAUUUUUAGACUACUUCAGCAAAUUUGAUUGGGAAAAGUACUGUAUCAGUUUAAAUGGACCAGUUUGUAGAUCUUCUCUACCUGAGAUUAGGGCUGAGAUACCAGAAAAUGGGGGAGAUCAUCUAUUGCUAAGUGAAGAGUUUCUUAGGAACUGUGUUGAGAUGUUUCCAGUGCUACCAAGGGGGCUUGAGACAAACUCACGGCCAUUUCCUCAGAAGCAUCUUAACAUAAUUGAUCCACUUAAGGAAAACAACAACCUUGGGCGCAGUGUGAAUAGAGGUAAUUUCUAUCGAAUACGUGGUGCUCUUAAAUAUGGGGCUCGCAAGCUUGGCUGGAUUCUCUUGUUACCUAGAGAAAGAAUAGGAAAUGAGCUCAAAAUGUUCUUUUCCAACACUUUGGAUAGGCAUGGAAGCAAUUGUUGGACUGAUAUUCAAAAUCCUUCCCUGGCAUCUGGUGCUAUAGGUUCUGACUUUUCAUCCUUAUCAUUACAGCCCAUAGUGUGCUCUAAAGACACGGUGUUUCUAAAGUCCACUUUUGAUUUCCAUGAUGAGAAGAUAUCAGGUAUUGAAGUCAAUUCUGGAGUUGGACCAAAAGGAUACUCACAGAAAGUGGUUUCCUCUGAGCCAUUGCCAGAAUUGGACUGCAUUGUGGACAGAAAUGCUAUUAUAGGGUGUUGUUUUGCUGGGGAUGCAAGCUCUGGAAUUCUGAGUAUGAGGACUAAUUGCUCGUCCUAUUGUUUGCAUUCAGAAAGCAACUCGCGUACUUUAUUUUUACGGGACUCUCACCAUGCAACUCAUUUUAAUAGUUCCGGCUAUUUUCAAAAGAAUGGGAAGAUUGAUAAUUUCAAUCCUUGUCAGAAUAUGCCUGCAAAUUCUGUAGUCAAUGAUGAGAUGGUCUCCACUUUAUGGCCUGAAGUCAAAGAGAAGCACUUAGCAGAUAGCAAUUUAGUUUGCUCAUGUAUUAAUCAAACGGGUAUGGCAUCUACAUGUUCAGUCGUUUCCAACUCUGUCGCAAAUGUCUCCCCUUGUAAUGGAGAAAGAUAUAUUACUGGAGUUCCUGGAAGCACAGAAGCUUUAAAAUGCUUGCUGGACCUUAGUGGGGAUUAUGAUAGUCACCUUAGGAACCUGCAAUAUGCUCAGCUUUGCCAUGGGUAUGCUGUAUCUCUGCAUCUACUGCCCAUGCCUCCAAUGUCACUUAAGUUACAGAACGGUCAUUCUCAAAUGAGCAAAAAUGGUGGUGUUGUUUUAGGACCACCAUUUUACUCUUAUCCUACUUCAUCUUGUUCCGCUUAUGGUCUAGAAGAGAAGAAAAAACCACGAGGAACAGGCACUUACUUCCCGAAACUGUAUUGUCGUCCAUAUAGGGACACGCCUGUUCCAGAACAAGGAAGAAAUCAUGCAAUGGAGGUUCAUGGUCAGCUCCAGAGAGACACUCAUAACAAUGGCUUGACUCCAGGUUCACGACAGGUGAACUUGUCUGAUGAAGGCAACCUUGAGCUCUCGCAUGAUGAGUUCCCAGUUCUAGGCCGCAGGAAGUCUGGAUCAUCAGAUUCUCACCAAUCUCCUCUUUCCCAUGCCAAUGGCUACCCACGCCCAUCUGACAAACUUGAAUCUGGGUCUCCGUCAGGCAUUUCACACACUUGGGACUCUGCACCAUGCCCUGUGGCACCAGCAGUCCAGAGUCUUAAUAAUCCACUACCCUUAAACAAUCAAGAGAGGGUUGAAGCGCAGUUGUAUCAUUUGAAAGAUGAAGAUGAUUUCCCCCCACUCUGCCACUGAGAGAGUGCCUUUGGAAGGAUCGUACAUAGAUGAGUGGAGAUGAAAGCAUAGUCAACACACAUGAAUUGACAUGGAAGGAGAAUCAAAUACAUAGAAGAAGAAUGAAGACAGUGAGAAUAACCAUAGAUUUGCUAACAAUUUAUAGCUUAAGCCAUUAGGGAAGACAUUCCUUUUUUAUGUUGCCCAGCCAGCCGCCCUUCCCUUCUGUGUGUUGUGGUUGUUGUUGGAUGAUGUAGAAAAAUGCAUUUUUGUACCUUGUUCUGGCAUCUGCCUCUCGCAUCCAAGUUUAUUUUGUUUCAAUUGAUCACUACUGUAUAUACAAGGCGAUGCUUGCCUUCUUUUUGAAUGAUUCUAGAA